AUGGGCAACAAUAUCGGGUCUGUCUUAGUUCGAUUUGACCGCGCGGGCAGUCCGGUCGUGAUUGAGACCGAAGGAGGGGAGUCGGCGCCGCCGACUGAAACCAAAAGUAGCACCAUUACGACUGUGGGCGGUACGGUGGAGCUUGUGAAGAAGGAGCAGGAGACGACGCCGUCGAAACGUGGACGCCUGGACAUUGGCGCACUAAUAGUCGUUCAGCUUUUACGUGUGUCGUGUUGCGUAUUCUCUUCGUGAUCUUUCUCAUUGGUUUAGUGGUGUUAUGUUUACAAGUGCGCUGUGAGUAGCGUCUCCUCCUCUGCUUUUUCUGUAAGGUUAGUCUCAGGUAUAAGCUCGCUCUCAUCUCCGUGCAUCAUUUGACCUCUACGGGUGAAACUGUUCUCAAGUUUAUCUCUGCAGCCGGCAGCUUUGCGCCGCAAGUUGCUGGCGUCAGUGAAUCUUGUGGCGAAGGAUAAGCAUGCCAUGGCGCUCAUGCUGGUCGGGCAAGACCUUGGCUACAGCACAGAGGUAAAAAGAUGGCUGAUAGUAGGAGUCAAAGUAGCCUGAUAAAAGAUUUUUAAAAAAUUGUAUAUAAAUUCUUGGAAAGUGGAAUGAAGUCAUUGAUUAAAUGGUAAGUAAACUGAGUAUAUAGGUGCUCAAUCAGCAACAAUUUCUGUGGAGAUCACGCAGCAUUGGCGAGUGGGUGUCCACGUAUCAAGCCAAUUUCUUUACCUGGAAGUGCUUUCGUGAAAUUGACGAAACUGAUGAGUCAAAUCGACAGAACAGAACAUCAUGCAUGGACGCGCUCAAGAUAAAUCCACGUCGUGCAUGGCAAGAAAAGAAAUGGGGCUGCAAAUGGUGUUAUUCUUUUUUGCAUGAUUCUUGACUGUCGUCAUCUUUCUCGUGUAAUCAUAAGCAAGUUCUUCGUACUGGUUGCUGCUCUAUCGUAGUGUCGAAGUAUUCACUAUUUACAUCUCUGGGCUCCCCGUUGUAGAGCUACUGCAUUGAAAAAAGGCGCUUCUCCUUCUUCUGUCUUUCGUAAGUGGUUUUUCUUUUUACAUUAUCAGCUUUGAGUAUUGACGAGUAUAAAUAUAGUGCGUUUUUUUGUACAUGGUGAAGUAGUAGUAGUAGAAGGCAUACCGAGGAUAGACGAACUCAGAAGGGAAGAGAAUGGUAGACAGCGUGUGCGCCGUGUUUGGCGGCUAGGCAUUCGAAGAGGCGCGCUGAGGGUGCGCCGGUGUGCUUCUGAGGUGGUAGCCGUUUCUUUCGGAUACUUGGGCGGCAUCCAUGUGACGCGCACGGACCCGAGAGGGCAGGCUAAAGGCCGAGCUUGUUUCGGCCUGUCCUCUGGUUCGGUGGCCUCGGGUGCUUGGGUAUGAAUUGUCCCGCAGGUAUCGAAGAGGGGAAAGUGAAGCGCCCCGGUGCGUGAGAUUGUGUGCUUAGAUGCUCCGCCUCGCUAGGAUACGUAAACGGACGAGACGGG